AUGUGUAGUCUGUUUAUCGCCAGCCCUUUCAUUGGUAAUCCAUGUCCACUGAAACACACACCUCUCGCACGUCAACCCAACCGGCAGUUUCACACGAAACGCAUAAAUAACGUCAUUAUCUUUGUACUCGAUAUACCGUUAAGUAGAGCGAGUGCUUGGACGUACGAUAAAACUCGCCCUGUUAAUAAUAAUGACGAUGGUUUGAAUUGUGGCGAUUUCUCGAAUCAAGUGAACCUAAACGCUGGCAAAUGUGGGAUAUGUGGCGACCCCUACAACGGUGACCGAGAAAACGAGUUCCCAAACGGAAAGUACGCAAAAAAUCCCAAAACAUACGUAACAUAUAAAGCCGGCUCAAACAUAACUGCCCAGAUACACGUGGUGGCCAAUCAUGACGGUUACUACGAGUUCCGUAUAUGUAAUGCUACCGAUCCCCUACAUGAGGUGACCCAAGAGUGUCUAAAUCAACACCAGUUGGAAGUGGUCGGCACUACUGAUAACAAGUGGCGACUACCGGCCCAUAAAAAUAAGUGCCAAAUGGGUCAGUAUGACUGCGACGAGAACUGGAUUAAUGAGAUACCCCUGAAACUACCGGCCGGGUUUGUUUGCGAGAGGUGUGUAUUUCAAUGGGACUGGACUACCAGGGAGUAUGUGGGCGAAUGCGGUAACGGUACGUACGCACUGGGGUGCGGUCCACAACAUUUCCUACACUAUCCCUAUGUCUAUAAGUUUGGUGUCGAACCCUCUCAGGGCUUGGAUUUACCGCCGAUUACUAUCUGUACGGAAAGGGAUGUGUUUUUGGAUAAGACACGGAUUGUCCGACACUUUAAUCUCAGCGAUGAUUACGAGUCAUACAAACUGUGGGCUAAACAAUAUUCAAAUGAUUUAGUAAUGGGCAUACCGAAUGACUACUUUAUCAGGACCAUAUAUUUGGGCGAUGUGAUAAAUGAGCGUGUUGGCAAACGUAAUUCCAAGUACCUCGCACGUAUAUACGAGUCUGUUAAUGUUCGUAUGACGGCUCGCGUGCCGGCGAUCGACCCUUCCGUGCCGUUUGCCACCGGAAUU